AUGACCUCUGAGCUGACCCGUCGACCCCUGCGCCCUCGGCUCCUGAGUUGCCUGGUGUUCCUUGCUUUCCUCUCCAGCACUUCCACACUCAGCCUGGACUUUGCGGAACAUCGGAAUAAAGCAGCCAAGAUCAAAAUCCACCCCAGAGGCAACCUCUGGGCCACAGGCCACUUCAUGGGCAAGAAGAGUGUGGAGCCCCUAGCCCUCUCAUCUCCUGGGAGAGCCUCCCGCAUCACCCUGGAGGAAAUGAAAGAUCGGCUGAGUCAUGAGUUGGUUAGGAUCCUCUGGCUGAAGAAAUCCCUGGGCAUGAGGCGAGGGAUUCCCACAGUGAGUGCCCAGGACCUACGGAUGGUGGUUCAGCAGCUGGAGAAGUAG